AUGGGCCGAAACAUGAAAAUGGGCUUUGGGAGAUGCUCGGCCUUCGAUGCCCAUCUCGGUGGAGACGGUCGUGAUGGUCGCAUCCUUCGGUCGUACAUGCAUGACCGGGGAGGUUUGUCCUCCGUGAUUCAUCGUCUGUUGCAACGCGGUUCGAUCCGUUCAUGGGUCCAGAUCCCAUUCCGCCGUGUGCUCGAGGAGCUCACAAAGUGGGAUGAGCAGCCUACUUCCACGAGCGCAGGUAGCGAAGUGCGAAGGAGUAAGGAGGCGGUGCAGCGAACGGCACCCCGGCCCAUCAGUCAGCGCAAAGGCGCCGCUCCGGACGAUUGGUUUUGCUCCGGCUCCCUCCUCACGUUCUCUCUUCGAAUCGCACGCUCCUUUUCCCAGUUUCGAUCUAUCGAUCAUGUUGGUGCUCAAUACUCACCGAUCGUCCUCGCCGUGGCGGCUUUGCAGUCCCGCAAAAUCCCACGGGGAUUCCGUGCUAUCGUCGCGACGGAAUUCCCCCAUCCCUCGCCGCAGAAAGCGAACAACUCCCAGGAACUGUUCGAGUUGCUGGAGCGCUUGCAAACGAGUCGCCUGGACGACCAGCGAUGCGUCUUACCCGCCUAUUUCAGCACUCAGACUCCGAACAAGGAGAUGGAUAAGACAGCCCCUCCACCCAAGCCCCCACCGGACCGGAAAAGUCCUCGGGAAGUCCUAGAAGAAGUCCUUCGUCGACCUGGGCCUUAUCCCAUGAUCGUAUUACCGCCAGGGGGCGGUUAUUGGGUGGACGGAUGCGAUCACGAUUGCCCAUUUGAUGCCCAGGGCAACCCCCUCGUCCCGGCCCAGCAAGGGAAACCCAAGUUCGAGACCGAUGAAACCGCCCGGUGCUACCGCCGAUACUUCCUCGGCAAGGAACACCUGAACUUCGUGGCGAGGGACGAGAACCUGGGCCCGGCCCUGCUGUCGAUGAAGCAUGAGGUGAUCUCGUCCCAGUUGCACGUGCGGGGGAUCCUGCGGCUGAGCACCGGCACCACCCACGAACUCCUCCCGGCCUCCUGCUUCCCCGACUCCCUCUCGCCCGCCAAAGUCGCCAAGCUGACGGCCGAGGAGGGAGAAAGGCGAGCGUGGGAAACAGACACGGAGCGACAUCUGUGGUAUCGCCUCCGAACUAUGAGACGCCAGCGCGAAACGAAUCGAGAGACGAGUUCGACCAUGUAUUACGACCUGGUCUUGCACGAAGAUCUAGCGGGUGACCUCCGCUGGUGGCCGGUGGUGUGCCCCCAGGCGUCGGAGCGGAUCGUGGCCUACGACGAACAAGCCCUCGUCCGACAGUAUAAAUUUGGCGUCAUAUUUCAACGGUUCGGUCAGACCUCGGAAGAGGAACUCUUCGGGAACCCCACUUCCAGCCCCGCCUUCGAGGAAUUCCUUUCUCUACUCGGCCAGAAAAUCCAACUGAAGGACCACAAAGGGUACCGAGGAGGUCUGGACACACAGCACAGUCAGACGGGGGAGGAAUCGGUGUACGAGGUGUACCGAGAGCGGGAGAUGAUGUUCCACGUCUCCACGCUCCUCCCGUACACGGACAACGACCCGCAACAGUUGCAGCGGAAACGGCACAUCGGCAACGACAUCGUCGCCAUCGUGUUCCAGGAGUCCAACACUCCCUUCACGCCCAACAUGAUUGCAUCCAACUUCCUCCAUUCCUUCGUCGUCGUUCAAGUGCUCGACCCGAAGACCCCCAACACAAGGUACAAAGUGUCUGUGACUGCCCGAGAUGACGUGCCGUUUUUCGGGCCGACCCUCCCAACCCCGGCCGUUUUCCGGAAGGGACCGGAUUUUCGGGAGUUCCUCCUCACGAAACUCGUGAACGCCGAGACCGCCUGUUACAAGGCGCAGCGGUUCUCCAAACUCGAGUUGAGGACGAGGACGUCCCUGUUGACGAGUCUAGUCGAGGAGCUGCAGGGGAAGACGGCGGAAUUCACGGGUGUCACCGUCGGGGGAAUGGACAAGUCCUCCUCCUCGUCCGACGUCUCCGGAACGGAGAAGUCGCGGUUCAUCGACACCGUCAGGAAGGCAUUCUCCAACCGGAGUCGAACCGGGAGCGACGGCUCCAGCACCUCCAACGGAACGCUCCAGGGUCCCAGCAAUAACAACAACAACAGUAGCAACAACAACAACAACAGCAAACGAAGCAUGUCUGCGUCGUCGUCGUCCAGCUCUUCCAUUCAGCACCAACACGUGCAUCAGAGGAACGGAAGCACCGCCUCCAAUUCCCCCCUCGUCAACGGGUCGUCAUCGUCUCCCAUCCACGGGUUGGUAAAGAUGCCGAAAAGGGUCGGAAGCGGGAAAUCCGAGAAUGGAAGCAUGGGGAAGACGACUACAUCCAGUGACCUCCCAUCCCCCCAGUCUAGUCCUGAAUCCCCUGCACACAGGAACGAUCGAGUGACCCUGUCCGAGUCGGACUCCUCGUCGCUCAACAGCGUGGAACUGGAACGGUACCGCCACGACGACAGCGACACCGGCUUAGAAAGCAUGUCCAGUGGGGAGGCCCACCACGGACACCAGGGCGUACCUGGGUGCCCCCUCUGCAUGGAAGCAGGGGUCGGCGGCCACGGGUGCAUCGAGGGGUGCGACGGAGGCGGGGGGAACCUGGAGGCGGUGGAGCAGAUGCUGAGGAAGCUGGAAAGCCCUCGCCCCGGGGGGAACGGGAACGUCACCCUGUCUUCGAUCGACAUUCGGGUCUUGGUCAGGGAAUUCCAAUCGCUCCGUGCUGAAGUCAACCAGCUCAAGUGUGACAAGUUGGAUCUCCUUCGACAGAAUGUUACUUGUUUGGGUGACAUUAAGAAGAUGAAAGAGAAGGAGAUGCGAUUGUCGUCAGACUUGGGUAGCACUUCGAAAGAAGUGUCUCGACUCAGGGCCCUCCUGAGGGAAUACACAAGUGGAGACGUCUCGGCCGUCUGA